GAAAAAAAAAGCUCCGCCGCAUAUUCUCAGAUCGGAUCUUUCGCACUAGAGAGAGAGAGAGAGGAUGCAGAGGGACGUGUCGAGCUGCAACACUUACAACUAUGGAGACGCUCACUACUGGGACGCUCGUUACGUGCAAGACGCUCUCUCUUUCGACUGGUACCAACGCUACUCUUCUCUUCGCCCUUUCGUCCGAAACUUCGUCCCCACUUCUUCACGAGUCCUCAUGGUUGGCUGUGGCAAUUCCCUUAUGUCGGAGGAUAUGGUUAAGGACGGAUACGAGGAUAUUAUGAACGUUGACAUCUCUUCCGUGGCUGUUGAGAUGAUGCAAACCAAAUAUGCUUCUGUUCCUCAGCUCAAAUAUAUGCAAAUGGAUGUGAGAGAUAUGAGCUACUUUGAGGACGAGUCCUUUGACACUGUUAUUGAUAAAGGAACACUUGAUUCAUUGAUGUGUGGGAAUGAUGCUCCUCUAAGUGCUUCGAGAAUGUUGGGUGAAGUUAGCAGGCUGAUUAAACCUGGAGGGACCUAUUUCCUGAUAACUUAUGGUGAUCCGAAAGUGAGAAUGCCUCAUUUGAAUCCUUCUACUUAUAACUGGAAGAUCUCCUUAUACAUCAUACCAAGACCAGGGUUUAAAAAGCCAGGAGAGUGUAGCUCGUCUUGUCUAGAAGCAAUACCAUUGACAAGUGAAGGAAUGUUGCCACAUGAUUAUGUUCUGGAGGAUCCUGAUUCCCAUUUUAUCUACAUAUGCAAUAAGACAGAUGAAGAAGUAUCUCAAAUACCCUCAUACCCAUUAAUGGAAGAUGUUCUGUAGUGUGAUGCUUGUGUAUGGCGAAGAUCAAUGCCAAAACUGUGCACUAAGUGUUUUCGUUUUGAUCUCAGGUCUACUGUUGUAUUCUUGUAUUUCUCUUUUUGAUCUAUAUCCCAGUUGUAACUCUAAAGUUUAAGUUUCUUUUAUACGAAUAAACAUCUUUCUUUUUUCAUAUAUUCUUGUAUAAAAUCUUCAUAGUGAAAUCAUCAUUUUA